AUUCGAGUACAUUUAUUGAGAGUCCUGAAGAUAAAGAGGUUGUCGGAGUUGGCAGACUGAACCUCACUUGGAGGUUCAAAUACACAGGAGUGGUGCCGACCAUCCUUUUGCUUACUGAUCCUAAAAUUGAACAAAAAACAUUUUUAAAAGACAUUAAGUCACAAUCAGGAAAAAUC